CCUAAAUAAAACCGAAUACUUAUACCUAUAAUUGUCGCUUACAUCACUUAACAAGUUUUGACAGUUGUUUAUUUAAGUUGCUUAUUCAAUUAUGCACUUCAGAAUGUUUGCAUACACAAACAAAACAAUAAACUACUGUCGCGUUUGACAUAAAUCGGAAUUAAAAUAUAGUUUGCAAAUAUCUCGCAGCGUAACAUAUAUUGAAGCAAAAUGUCUGGUUUUAUAGCAGUGCACACAGGAGCGGGCAACAGUGUCGAUGAGAGUAAAUAUCAGCGAGUAAUAAAAGAGGCCUGCUUAAGAGCUACAGAUUUGCUGUUGAAAGGAGGUACAGCUAUGGACGCUUGUGAAGCUGCCAUAAAACGGUUGGAAAAUUGUGGUAACACAAAUGCGGGUUUUGGUUCAAAUCUUUGUUAUGAUGGGCGUGUGCAGUGCGAUGCUUCAAUAAUGAAUGGUGCCAAUUUACAAUUUGGAGCAUGUACAGACGUUAGUAAUGUAAAAAAUCCAAUACAAUUGGCACGUGUUAUCUGUGAUGGACAAUCUAGACUAUUAUCUAUGGAUCGCCUUCCACCCAUGAUAAUGGCUGGUACAGGAGCUGAGCAAUUUGCAGAAGAAAUGGGUUGUGACAUAAUUGAUCCCAAAGAUUUGAUAUCAAGUAAAGCAAAAUUUGCUUAUAAUCAUUACAAAACGAAAUAUCAAAAACUGGCUAGUGAACAUACUAUACCUGUCACCGCAGACGUGCCUCCAAUAACUAUAGAAGCACGCUUAGAUACAGUAGGAGCUGUAUGUGUUGAUGGUAAUGGAAACACAGCUGCUGGUUGUAGUUCUGGUGGUCUGCUUUUAAAAGUGCCUGGACGUGUUGGUCAAGCUGCUACAUUUGGUGCUGGUGUUUGGGCUGCUGACACUUCUGAUAUAUCCGUUGCUACAUGCACUACUGGAAAUGGUGAAUAUAUCAUGCGAACAUUUCUAGCGAAAGAAAUAUGCACGGAUCUAUUGACAGCCGAUUGUGCUGUUCGAAGUUUACAUAAUACAUUUAAGCAUAAAUUCUUAGAAUCACCAUUUCUGCCAGUUAAUCAAAAUUUGUAUGCAGGCGCAUUAACAUUAGUGUAUCAUCCAGAAGAUCGAACUGGCGAAAUUCUUUGGAGUCAAACAACAAAAUCUUUUUGUAUAGGCUAUAUGUCUACAGAGCAGAAAACACCAAAGGUGAGUGCCAAAUAGUUUUUAUUGAUAUUGGACAAGUGCACAAAAGACAUUUAUUUUGAUUAAUGACC